UCAUCAACGAUAGCGUCAUGCAGUGAGUCGAACCCGAGCGCUCUUGCUGGGCGUUGGCAUGGCACAGUGAUGAAUGGCGACGGGGCGCCCGGCAGCCCGGAGCUCUCCUCGUGCCCGCUGCCUGACUGGAAGGAGUUCUGUGAGCUGCACGCCCGCGCCUCCGCCGCCGACUUCGCCCACAAGUUCCGCCGUUUCGUCAGCGAGAACCCCUGCUACGACUCGCCCGGCGCCGACGCCAGCUUUUCUCAACAUUUUGCCCGACACUUCCUGGACUGCUUUUCCGCCGCGCUAAAUCAGGCCCGGGAACCGGGGUCGCCCGGUGGCACCUCCGGCCCGAAAUACAGCAUCGUGCCCUUCGUUGGCAUUCAGGGUUGCCCUCUGUCCUACGGCCACGACCUCUACCAGCGCCGCAAGGACGCGGGAGCGUCCAGCGAAUCGCUGGACAGCAUGGACAGCGGAGGAGGAGGGGCCAGCGGAAGCGCCGGCCCACGCGCCCAACAGACCCCCGCCCACAAAGUGUCGGCGUUGGGUCAGUCCCGCAGUUCGGAGGACGUGUCAUUGGGUCACCCCAAAGCCCGUUUUAAGAAGGGCUUCUCCCUGCGGAACAUGAGCCUGUGCGUAGUGGACGGGGUUCGGGAGAUCUGGCACCGACGCUCCUCCCCGGAGCCCGACCCCGCUGGGGGUGGCAGGAGGGCCAACGGGGGGGAGAGCGGGGGGACAGAGCGGUGGAGCCAGAAGCUGAGGUUACCCAGGGGUUCUCAGGGACACCGGGCAGAACUGCUGGAGAUUCAGAGGGAGGGGGCCCUGCGCUACAUGGUGGCAGAUGAUACAAACUGCAUGGGGGCAGCGCAGUGGCAGAAAUGCAGGCUACUCCUGCGUAAGGCCGGGCCUCGUGCGGAAGGAGGAGAGAAGUUCCUUCUGGAGUUCUUCGUGCCACCCAAGUCGUCCAAGCCCAAGGUGAGCGUACCCUUGUCUGCAAUCGUGGAGGUGAGGACCACCAUGCCUCUGGAGAUGCCUGACAAAGACAACACAUUUGUCCUCAAGGUGGAAAACGGCGCGGAGUACAUUUUGGAAACCAUCGACUCCUUGCAGAAGAACUCGUGGGUUGCAGACAUCCAGGACUGCAUAGACCCUGGCGACAGUGGGGACGACAUUGAGCUAGCGUCAUGUCCUCAUGGACAACCAUCCAAAGAAUUCUCCAUGGUAUCCUCCUGCAGUUGUGAGCUUCUCUCUGAGGGUGUACAUCGAGCUCCUGAGAGGGCCUGUGCUACAGCGAUUGAUCACUACAGCGCCCCCUCUGUACGCUGCCGGGAACUACCCUUCACACAACACCCCUCACACAUCCCAUUAGAACGAUUUCUCCAGUCCCCCGAGGCUCAGAGUCCCAACCCCCCACCAGGGGGUCCAGGCGACGGGCUGGUGGAAACGGAAGGAGACGGCAGUUUGGCGAGUUACCCAUGGUUCCAUGGGACGUUGUCACGGGUUCGUGCGGCCCAGCUUGUGCUGGCGGGCGGAGCUCGCAGCCAUGGACUCUUUGUGAUUCGUCAGAGCGAGACGCGGCCGGGGGAAUACGUCCUCACCUUCAACUUUCAGGGCAAAGCCAAGCACCUGCGGCUCUCUGUUAAUGAGACCGGGCAGUGCCACGUACAUCACCUGUGGUUCCAGACGGUGUCAGAUAUGCUCCGCCACUUCCACGCUCAUCCCAUCCCGCUGGAGUCCGGAGGCUCCGCCGACAUCACGCUACGUUCAUACGUGCAGGUUCAGCGCACUCCGACAGAUGUGACUGUUCCUCAGCUUCCCACCUCUCCACGUGAACCAGGCUGUCGGUCCGAGCCAGCCCAGCCAGCACACCAUCUUCCCGGGGCCUUACAGCCCACGGUGGGCCCCUCGACCGAAGCCCCGCUCUCUUCCAGCACCUCUUCAUCUCCCACCGCACAGCCGGGCAGCGCAGGAGUAGGUGGGGGGCUUCAGAGCAGGAGCAACAGCUCUGAGAGGUUGUUGGAGCCCCCUAUCGGUAGUGGGGAGGACUACCACGAGAGUGAUGGUACACGUAGGACCAGAGCUGUGGAGAACCAGUACUCCUUCUACUAA